GGCAACACAGCGCUUAACGUCAUAACGUCAUGGUUGUCAAUCUAUGCAAGCUGCAUUUCUAUUUCUAUUACAAUUAAAACCAACUUAUUCCUCUCAAACCAUGGCUGAAAAGCCACCAGAAGAAGGCUACAUAUCCGUCGUAGACGAGGAGCCAGAGAUUUUCGAACUCCUAAAAUGGGACGCGCCGCAAACGCAAAAGCAUCAUCAGACCCCUCAUCCCGACCAUCGGGGCUUAGAGAAAGGAGUUUACACUCAGUUAAAGGAUAAAUCUGAGCAGAUGAAUCAGCAGAAGGCUGCAGAAGAGCCUAUGGUGCAGGAAAAGAGGUCAAAGCCCGCGGAAACUGACCCGUUUGAUCUGCCUGACCCAACGUUUAUAGAGACGUAUAGAUUAUCAAAGGAUUUGGCGCGCGGGUUGAUUGAAGAGUUGAAGCCUGUGAUGCCUGAAUCUACUAAGUCUAUUGAGUUCUCCGUGGAGAGCAAGGUAAUGGCAGCUCUAGCAUUCUUCGCAACGGGCAAAUACCAGAAGUCAAUCCACGGAAAGACGGACCCGAACAUAACCCAGUACUUCGUGUUAUCAGCCGUGACACAAGUUACGGAGGCCUUGAACAAUCCGGCUCUAGUGAAGAAAUACAUACACUUCCCACAUCUGAGAGUGGAGAGGGAUAAUCUUAAAGCUAGGUUCUACAUGAAGUAUGGAGUCCCAAAUGUAGUGGGCUGCAUAGAGUGCACGCACGUGCCCAUAGCGCGGCCCGAUGUGGACCAGAAGAGCCAUUUCAACAAGUCAUAUCACUCCAAGAAGGCACAGAUUAUUUGCGACAGCGACCUCAACAUCAUCAGCGUGGACGCGAUCCCCGGCGGGAUGCACUCACAUGACACUAUACUCAACCAGCAUGCGGUCAAAAAUGAUCUCGAGAGCCUUAACAAUUCCGGAGAGCAGUGCUGGCUUAUCGGCGGCCCACAUUACUCCCAAAAGCCCUACAUAAUGACCCCCAUACCCAAGAUCACGAAGAAGUCCCCCGUGUCACCCGAGAAGUACUACUCGACCGUACACACACAGACACACAGCGUCAUACUCGAGGCCAUCAAACAGCUGAAGAGUAGAUGGAAGUGUCUGCAAGCUACUUGUAACAAGCAGUACGACCCUAAUACUGUGACCAACAUGAUAGUGGCAUGCUGCAUGCUCCAUAAUCUCUGCAACCGUCGGGGACUCCCCGUCGCACCUCUGACACAGACCGAGGAACGACUAGAAGCCAUGAAGCAAAAAGUGGCCAAUAGUCCGGUCUCGAGGAAGCAGGUUGAAGACCCGAAGGGAGUGCAAGCGAGACAGCUGCUAGUGGAUCAUCUUUGGAAUGAACGGAAGGUAACCCCGGACUGCGGUAAAAAACGAAAGAAGCCCGUCGAGGAGCGCCCCCCACCCCCCCAGCCCACACACAUGCUCCACCAACAACCCCACACACACACACAAGUCACGCAGCACCAGCCAAUCAUGCACGAACACCAUUUGCACCACGAUGACGUCAACAAAAGACCGAGGAUCGUGAUGAACAACCCCACUUACGGGCUGGGGGUCACGUCGGGGUGGGGCCAUUUCCCCCCGCACUAAUUUGAGCAAGAAAUAAUACAUAAAACUAUAACCCAACCCCCUUAGGCCCAUUUGCACCAUUCGACUAACCCGGGGUUAACCAGUUAAACCUGGAGUUGCUAUGUUUACCAGUACAAUUUGACACUAGGUUAACGGUUUAACCGCCUAACCCCGGAUUAGUGGGAUGGUGCAAACGGGCUUUAUUCAUAAAACUUUACGGGCGUGCCGGCGUAUUAUGGAUGACUUUAUCCACGUGAUAAAAUAACUGUCACCUUUUAACACCGCCUUUUUUCACGUAGACAAGAACGACCAUCAUAUCCGCUUAUUUAUUUAAAUUAUGUUUUAUCCCUUUCUUACAAAUACAUAAGUCAAAAUGACAGAUAAAGACAAACGAAUAUUACCUAAUUGAAGUUUGUAGCGCGUUUAUGAAUAAGGGGGGUAAGAAAAUGCAAAAUGUGAGGAUGUUAGACAUGUCGUUUCGAAGAGAUUAAUGCUUGUUUUAUCGAGUACUACAGAACCGCAAAUAACAUAUUUUCUUUAUCUGCCUCUCUUUUGCUCUAAUACGCGCGAUAGAGACGUAGAUAAAAAAUACUUCGUUUUUCGCGGUAAGACUUGUUUGCCCGCUAUUGAGUGGUCGGAUCCGUCGUGUUAGGAUAGUGUUAGCGCCCUAAAAGAAUAAAUGGACUGUAUAUUUCCCAGCCUUUUAAUAUAAAGAUUAGGGAAAUAUUUAAAUAGAAUGGGUAAUUUUUGUCCUCACACACAAGCUAUUAUUGAUACUUACCAGCCUUUGGAAAACGAAAUCCUAGAAGACAUUAUUUUACAGCUUGGAAAAUAAGAGUAGAAAUUAAAA